AUGGUAAGUCUCACCUGCCCCAGCCCAUUCAUCCCCGCGCGCGCGCCAUUGCGCCUUUCAGAUAUGGAAGCCAUCUAUCUGGAAGAGUACAAGCAGCGGAUGCGAGAGAAACGCCUGCAUUAUUAUGGGAACUCACAUCCUGAACUCGAUGAUUGGCAGGCCGUUCUCGUGCGCUAUAAAGGCCCCGCGUACCAAGUCAGCGACACGUACAACCGCAUCACGGGCAUCGACGAGAUUCCCGUCCCCCCAGUGCCCUCCGACGUCGUCGUCGUCGAUUUCUCCUGGCUCGACCGCCUCGCCUCCCUCGCCGCUACCCUCCGCAUGCUCCUCACCUCCCUCUUCUGGCUCCUCCGCUACGCCCUGCACUACGGUUUCCGCUACGUCUUCCUCCCCGCGGCCGCCCUCCUGCUCCUCAUGAACCUCUACUCCCUCCUCCGCCUGCACCGCGUCGCCCUCCGCCAGCACGCCACGACCCUCCUCGCCGCUCUCUUCUUCGCUUUCCCCGCCCGCUGCGCUGCUUUCUGCUCCCGCAACUACGCCUUCUACCGCUACACGGACCGCGAGAUCCAAAUCUGGGACGGCGCGCAGUCCCGCGCGUACGUCUUCAAUCCGUGCGACGAGCUGCGCCUGCGCGUCCGCGAGGCGACUGCGAAGCUCUGGGAGCGCGUCGUGCGCUGGGUCGUGUAUUUCGCCCUCGUCUGCGUCGUUUUCUGGCCGUUGUUGCUCCGCCUCCACGCGACUGCCUCCCCUCCUCCUUCACGGCCCCAGGUGCGCUUCGUGAGCUUGGCCGAGGCCGCCGGUAUGGGCUGGGAUGUGCCGCUGUGGGCGCAGAUGGCGCAGCAUAGGGCUUUCCAGGGGGAGAGGACGCACUUCCCCCGAGCUGUCGCGGCGUCCCAAUGGGAGCGACCGACGACGGCGGAGGGGGAGGGUGCCUCGACGGUUGUGCCUAUGGCCCCGUCUGUGGAGGGCAAGACGUUCUGUGCGCAGUGCCAGCAGGCACAUUGCUGCGAAGUGCCUUCUUAGGCCAUUGUAUGUACAUAGCGCGCGCGCGCGAGAGAGAGAGAGAGAGAGAGAGAGAGAGAGAGAGAGAGAGAGAGAGAGAGAGAGAGAGAGAGAGAGAGAAUAUCAAAUCAAAUCAAACAUUCCAGUCAUAAAAAUCCAAAAAAAAAAGUCACUCCACUUCCCUCCUCACUACCAUCCCAUCCCAUCCCAUUCCGGCUGCCCUCGUAGGUAGGUAGCUAAGCGUCUAAGGAAUGUGCUUGGUUACCAAACCCCCGGGAAGCCUGGGAAGAAAAAAGCUCUACUUUCUUUGUGCUGCGCGAAAAAGCUUGCCGGAUGAACGUAGGACAAAGGGCACCUAAAGCAACCAAAGCAACACCGAAGCGAAGAGAAGAAGACAUGGCGGGCCUUUUCUCUUUGCUGCUGCUGCUGCUGCUGCUGCUGCGCGCACAACGAAAUCUACUCACCGCUCCCAGCGGGUUCUCCUUUCGCAGCACCCGCCGCCCGUUGCCGAUGAGAUGAGAUGAGAUGAGAUGAGAUGAGAUGAGAUGAGAUGAAAUGUUCGCCCCCCCUCCGCCGCCGCAGCUCACCGUAGCCGAAAUCGAAACCCGCCUGGCCGCCGCGCAGAAAGAAGCGGCGGGGAUAUCUCCUGCUGCAGCGUCGUCGUCGUCGUCGUCGUCGUCCACAAAAACCAAAACCGAAACCGAAAGCGUCAAGUCCCGUCUCUCGCUUGCGAGGACCAGGUCGUUGAGAUCUUCCUCUGCUUCUGCGGCUUCUGUCUCGUCCUCGUCCACUUCUACGUGGAGACGAGCAGGUCGCGUCAAUGCGAAAGCGACGCAGAAGAACGCCACCAGAACUGCAGCAGAGGGAAUCAAUCAUCAUCCCUCACUGCCUCAGAUCAUCCCACAAACACCACAACCACCACCACAACAACCGCAUGAAACCCCAGCAGAAAACUUCCAAGAAUCAUUAAAUCUCCCCCCCUUCGAAGAACCCCGAAGAGCACCGCAGCCGCCCAAACGACCCCCACGGCCUCCCAGCGAGCAGCUCUUCCUGCCCUCCUCACCACCACCACCACCACCACCACCGGGGAUUUUCCAAUCCGGCAGCAUCGUGAGCAGAAGGCCACAACGCACGGAGAUCCUUCCGCCUCUGCCACCUCCCCUCCCUCCGCCUCCGAUUCCACAGAAAUCGCCCUUACGACGCGCGCCCGCGACCAAGAAGCAACCCGGGCCUCGGUCUCCCGCAACUCCCUCGACGGAGAACUCUCCACCACCGCAUUCCGAAACGGCGCGAGAUUCUUUCAACACAGCACUACGAGCGCACACGCAAGCGCAAGCGCAGGCGAGGAGGGAAUCCGCCGAAUCUUCCCUCUCCCUCUCCUCCGACACCUCGCAGUCGACGACGGCUUCUUCCGUGGGAGAGCGCGUGGGUCGGAUGGCGAGAUCGGCCACCGCGCCUGCGGGAACGCUCACUCGUGUCCCGAGAGAUUCCCCGCUGGCAGCGGUUCGCACGAGUCUGCUGAUGGGGAGUGGUGGUGGUGGUGGCUCCUCACGUAGUCUACCGACGAGAUCGAAGCAUGCUAGGAAGAUUUCUAUUGCUUCUUCUCGUUCGUUGGAUGCUCAUCUUGCCAGGGUAGCGGCCGAGGGAGAGAAGGAGGGAGGAGCGGCGUCGUCCAGCGGCGUCGCGGCUGCUUCGGAUGGAGGCGCCGCGUCGCUUCAGCUGGUUGGCUCACGGAGGGAGGAGAAGCGCCCGAAUGCCGUGCUGAAGCCUACCAGAUCACCACAGCCCCUCGACGAUCACACCCGUGGGAAGCGGAGGAAGAAAGGUGAAACCAUGAGCAUGCUGCUAGAAACCGGAUUUUUCCCCAUCGAGGAGAUAACGUACGGAACGGAGAAGGAAGAGAGACGACCGACAUCAAAGGACGGUCGCAUCGACUUACCGCCGCGCCUCAGUUUCCUCAAUGAAAGCUUACCCAGCACGCCAGGGAGCAAUGCUCUGACGCCCACCGAGUUAUGCCCCAACUCACCAUCUCCUACCACUCCAAUAACACCCAGAUCAACAGGGUGGAAGCGAAAGUCCGGAGCGGCGAAGAGAAGCCUUCUAUCCCAGAUCCCAGAAUAUGACUGCAAGGCGAACGGUGGCGGGAUCAAGGACGAAUCCGAGUCUAUAUCUCCCAGUAGACUAGAAGCCAUCCCCGAGGAUAAUGGGACAGGUGAGGAUUCGCGUCCAGCGUCCAUUAUUGAAACGCCCGUGGCGACGCAGAUACAUCUACGAGGAGGAUCCGUUGUGACGGUCACGCCUCCAGAGCUCACCGCGUGGCAAGCGACCGUCUACUUGCAUGGCCCGAUCAAGUUACCCAAGCCCGCCAUCAUGCCCCGGAAGAACUCUGUUGCCAGCCUGGAGGCGUUUCAGGAAGCAAUCGACCGCUUGUAUCAGCAUGCGCUACAGAUUCCGCGUCGACGGAGCGACGACGCCGUGGUGGACGACAUCUGCGACUUCUUCGACGAUUUCGGGUUCGAAUGGGUCAGCUUCGAGGGAGACCGCUUGAGUGUGGAUUACCUGGAUGUGGAUGAGGUCGAAGAGAUGGCGGAUGCUGAGGCGGAGCAGCCCGAGCGUUUCAGCACGCCGCCAUCGGAAGCGCCGGCUGCCAGUCCGGUCGAGGUCACGAUUGCCAAAGAAGUGCUCGACACGACGUCCAAGGUGCCGUUGAUGACAGGAUGGAAGGGCUCGGUGGGAUCCAUUCCUCAGGUCGUGGUGCCGCCGGUGGAAAAUGAAGAGACGCUGCGGGCCAAGGGCAUCGCGCGGCUGUCGCGAAGUUCGCGUGGGUCCGCGAGCUCCAACCCGCUCGAUGCGAUGGCAGAGCAGGGCAAGGAUUCGCUCACGAGCAAGCACGGAGGAGCGGGUGGAUUGCAGCUUCUUCCAGCACCGGAAGAGAGCAUGCUGGAUGCCGUGCUUCAGGCUGGUCGCCGCAGCAGCAGCUCCGGCCGCGGUAGAGGGAAAGGAGUGGAUAGCGGGAGUGUUUCUGGCAGCGUUUCAGGAAGUCUCUCCAGCAGCAGUGUUGGCUGGAUGGGAGGAAAGGGAGGUCGGGGUCGGGACAAGGCCAGCGUGCGCAGCAGCCAGCGCAGUGCGGGAGAGCAGGGCUUCGAUUGGGAUGACGAGGUGGAGGAGAUGGAUGCGGGUUCAACCUGGAUGGCAGGCGUGGCAGCGCGCAAGAAACCGGUCCGGACGAAGAGGCGCAAGUCGGGGUCGAAGAUGAGACGACUGGUCGCGACGGCGUCGACGAUGCUGUAG